AUGCCUGUCCCAAGCUACGGUGCUCUUCCUCUUAGCGAGACCUUCCUCUGUGUCAGAGGAUUGAGUCUGGUCGCAAUGGUUGGUAUUGUCGGGUUGACGGCAAACUUCGUAGCUGCCAUCAACGGUGUUGGUCUUGAGCCUCCCAAAGAGAUCGUUGGAACGUUGAGUGUUACUUGUAUCGCCACGCUGUACACUCUCAUCAGCAUUCCAUUCUACAUGGCCCAAGCAAAUCUAGGCUUGUUCAUAAUGACUGCCAUUGAUGGUCUUCUCCUUCUUGCUUUCAUCGUCGUUUCGGUUACUCUCGGCAAGCCACUCAGUCUGCUUAAUUGUUUCGCUAUCGCCAAUGCGGAUGCCAAGGUUGAUGCAGCAGGCGCUGCGUCCUGGUUGCAAAGUCUCGUGCAGAACGUCAAACAGGGCGGCAGUAUCGGCUUGUAUGUCUGGGCUGGCUCAACCAGAGUCAACUGUCUUGAAACCAAGGCAAUCUGGGGAUUGUGCAUUGCGCUUUGCAUUCUGUUCUCAUGCUCAUGUAUCUUGCUGCCGACUUUGUGGUUCAAAAGCAAGAGAGCUGGUUUGCUUCCCAAGAAGAUCGAAGCUGCUUGA